AUGACUUCAACAAUAUUGUAUAGAGAUAAACAACAACGUCAUUUGUUUUUUGAUCAUUUACAGUCAUCUGAAAUAUCAUUAUUGUCGAAUGAUUCUUUACAUCAAUGGCUUUUAAUUAUUGGUAUAGCUACAGUUGUUUUAUUUGUAUUAAUAUUGUGCAUUAAAUGUAUUCUUAAAACAUGUCGUCUUUAUCAUAGUACUGAUCUUAAUAAACAAAAUUCAAUCUCUCGUAAAUACUCUUCUCGUCAAACAUUAUCAAAUAUUGAUAAUAACUCUAAACGUUCAAGCUAUACAAAAGUUCAAUGUGAUAAAUCAACUAAUUAUACACGUCAGAUGUUACAUAAAUAUUCAAAUCAUGAACAAAUUCAGGAUAUUAAUUAUCAAUAUUCCCAUCCAGAUGAAAUUUCACUUAUAUCAGUGCAUGUUGUUUGA